AAACAACGUGAAAAACAAAACGGUGUAAUGAAAAAAAAAAAAAAAAGAUGUAUUCUCAAACAUUGUGAAUGAGUAUUGAUUCAUUUGAUAGCGGGUGACACAAAAGAAAACACCUUGCAAAAUGGUGAAAAAGGAAAAAGAUCAGGACACGGAAGAACCUUGUCCAACAAUAAAAACUACUUUUCCCUCAAUUCUAAAACUGGAAUCCAACUUCAAAAAUUAACUAACAAAACAAACAAAAUCCAACAACAAAAGCUGAAAAAAUACACCCAAAUCUUGUUUCAUAAUCCAGUUUUAAUCAUUUGUUUAAUCCUCGUAAUCACGUUAGUACAUGUAACAUUCUCGCACCUUCCCAUAUUCUCACUCCUCCCAUGAUUCUGCCUCUUCCUCUGUUUUUUUUUUCUCUCUCCAAAAAUGUUCUCCACAUAUUCGACCAUAUGCCCCAAUGAACAAUCUUAGCACUAAAAUUCAACCCCUAUCAAAUUCUCAAGAUUAAUCACCAAAAUAAUUCAUACCCAUUUGAUUUUAGCUCAAAUAUUCUUCUGAAAUAACCCAUUUUUGAAAGAUGGGUUUUGUUUUUGGAAUUAUAUUUGGAGUUGCUUCUGGUAUUGGAUUGAUCAUGGCUCUUGCUUACUAUGAGAAUAUUCGUGCCAAACGCCGCUCUGAUUUGGCGGCAAUAGUGGCAGCUUUUUCUAAGAUGACAGUGCAAGAUGCAAGAAAGCUAUUCACACCUCAGCAGUACCCAACUUGGGUUGUAUUUCCUGAAAUGGAAAAGUUAAAAUGGCUUAAUGCUCAGUUAGAGAAACUCUGGCCAUAUAUUGAUGAAGCAGCAUCAGAGAUAAUAAGGAGCUCUGUGGAGCCAAUUCUUGAACAAUAUAGACCUGUCAUCUUAGCGUCGAUGAAAUUUAGGAAGCUGACUCUUGGGACUGUUGCACCUCAAUUUACAGGAAUUUGCGUCCUUGAUAGUGCGCCUGGGGAGAUAAUUUUGGAAAUUGAGAUGCAGUGGGAUGGUAACCCUAACAUUUUGCUCGAUGUAAAAACUCAUGUUGGUGUUGCAUUGCCUAUACAGGUAAAAAAUAUAGGAUUUACUGGGCUCUUCAGAAUAAUAUUUAAGCCUCUCGUGGACGAGUUUCCUUGUUUUGGUGCUAUAUGCUUCUCUUUAAGAAAGAAGAAAGACUUGGAUUUCACGCUCAAAGUUGUUGGUGGCGACAUGUCCAUGGUUCCAGGGCUUUCUGAUUCUAUUGAUGAAAUGAUAAGAGAUGCUAUAGAAGAUUCUAUAACAUGGCCAGUUCGUACGAUAAUACCAAUUAUACCUGGAGACUACAGUGACUUGGAACUGAAACCUUGCGGAAUACUGGAGGUGAAGCUGGUUCAAGCUAAAGAGUUGUCAAAUAAAGACCUCAUCGGGAAGUCUGAUCCUUUUGCUUCCUUGUUCAUACGUCCAUUAAGUAACAGAACCAAAAAAAGCAAAACAAUUAACAACCAACUGAAUCCAAUAUGGAACGAGAGUUUCGACUUCGUAAUUGAGGAUCCAUCCACGCAGCACUUAACUGUUAGAGUCUACGAUGAUGAAGGGCUUCAACCUCCUCAACUCAUUGGUUGUGCACAAAUACCAAUCAAUGUGCUUGAGCCUGGUAAAGUGAAAGUUGAAUGGUUGAAUCUUGUCAAGGACCUGGAGGUCCAAAGGGAUACUAAAAAGAGAGGACAGGUGCAUUUGGAGCUCUUGUAUUGUCCGUUUGGCACAGAGAACCAGAUUCUCAAUCCCUUUUCGUCCAGUGUGCCGUUGACGGAAGUGGAGAGAGUCUUAAAAGACACAACUGAUGAAGAUGUAAGUGAUAUUGAAAGAAAAACCACUGAAAGGAAGCGCGAGGUCAUCCUUAGAGGGGUACUGUCUGUUACAAUAGUAUCUGCUGAAAGUUUGCCAGUUAUGGAUCUGAGCGGAAAGUCUGACCCAUACGUGGUUGUGUCACUGAAGAAGGCAGGAACAAAAUUGAAAACUAGGGUUCUAAAUGAAACUCUUAAUCCAGUUUGGAACCAAACGUUUGACUUUGUUGUUGAGGAUGCUUUGCAUGAAUUGCUUAUUUGUGAGGUGUAUGAUCACGACACAAUUGGAAAGAAUUACAUGGGAAGAUGCAUCAUGACGCUCACCAGAGUACUGCUGGAGAAAGAUCUCUAUGACAUCUUUAAUCUAGAUGGAACGAAAUCUGGUAGGCUAGCCUUGCAUUUGAAGUGGGCUCCUCAGCCGAUAAUGAGGGAUGUUUAAGUAGGAAAAUCAUGAUGCUGCAAUACCUUAAUUGCUUGAUCAAAGAGUAGGUGUAAAAUGAUUCUUCUCGUUCAAGUUUUGCAUGAUAUGCACUCAAAAGUUGAAACAGAAAGCUCAAGCUCAGGUUAACUAUGAUCCGAAAGUUAUAUGAAGAGACGAGAGAAAGAAAGGUUCAAGCGAAGACUCGAAGAGCUCCCUGUUCGACUCAAGCCGUGCUUCACUGUCAUCAGUUCUGACUGUGAUGCAAUGCAGCUCCUUCUUAAGGGAAUGUUUUCUUUGCUUUUACUGUAGAUAAAUCUUGAAAUAUCUUUUACCGUCAUAAUAGUAAAGCACGCUGAAUUAUGUAUAUAGGAUAUAUAAUUAGAGCUUUCGUUUAGUCUUUCCCUAAGGUGAUUUGACUGCCAGAGCAUGUAAAAUUCUUUCUAUUUCAUAUGUGCAUCAAUGCUUACAAUGGGCCAUUAUAGUGCAA